UAUAGGUGUAAUGAGAUAUUUCGUCCGUUACUGGCAUGUGCGGGUCUUUCAUCGAUCUUCAGCGUUCUGAAUCGUAAUAGAAAGCUCAAAUCUCUUAUUAGAAACGAGAAAUUAUUUAGAAGGACCGGAGGUUAUUCCAUUUUCAAAAUAACCUUAUGUGGUAACGUCGGAGUCAGAUGGAAAGUGAUAGAGUUUUCGAUUAGGUCGACAUUUUUUGCACCGAGUGUGAGGUGUAGAUCUCUUGAGUGCAAGCUUUGCAUUGCGCGAGUGUCACGGGGUGUACUCAGUAGGUGGUCUGUUCUGUUUCUCUACGGCAGUUUCGCACGUUGUUUGAUAUUGUCUUAAAAAUGGCUGCCGUAUUGGAUGAAGUCGGCAAAUCUGCUGAGAAAUUGGUAGACGAGGAAAAGAAUGAACUAGUCCAAGAGGAGGACGAGGGUGGUGCAUCCGAAGCUUCUAAGAAGAAGAAGAAGAAGAAAAAGAAGAAGAAAGCUGGUGCUGGUGAAGCUAGUGCAGAUAUUCCAGAAGGAGAAGAUCCUAAAGAUGAAAAUAAAGCAGCUGAAGGUCCUUCUGAAGCUACUGAAAAUGGAGGAGAACCUGAAGAGGCUAAAAAAAAGAAAAAGAAACGUAAACCACGUGGAAAAGGUGCUGGGAUCAAACAGCAAACAAAUCCCCCAUCGAUUCCAGUCUCUGACUUAUUCCCAGAUGGGAAUUAUCCUGAAGGACAGAUAAUGGAUCAUCCUUCCACAGGUCGAGUAGAUGAUAGAACAGCCAAAGAUCGUUUUACCAGUGAGGAAGCUCGUGCCCUGGACAGGAUGCACAAUGAUAUUUAUAAUGAAGCAAGACAAGCAGCUGAAGCUCAUCGUCAAACAAGACAGCAUAUUAAGAACUGGGUGAAACCAGGCAUGACCAUGAUUGAAAUCUGUAAUGAACUGGAAGACACUGCCCGCAAACUCAUUGGCGAGGAUGGUCUUAAGGCUGGACUGGCUUUCCCAACAGGAUGUUCUAGAAAUCAUUGUGCUGCUCAUUACACUCCUAACGCAGGCGACACAACAGUUUUACAGUACGACGACGUAACCAAAAUUGACUUUGGUACUCAUAUUAAUGGUCGUAUCAUCGAUUGCGCAUUCACCUUGGCAUUUAAUCCAAAAUAUGAUAAGUUAAUUGAAGCUGUACGAGAUGCCACAAAUACUGGCAUUAAAGCUGCAGGAAUUGAUGUUCCACUAUGUGAAAUCGGUGCGGCCAUUCAGGAGGCCAUGGAAUCCUAUGAAAUUGAGUUAAAUGGAAAAACUUAUCAGGUGAAAUCCAUACGAAACUUAAACGGGCACUCAAUCGCACCGUAUCGCAUUCAUGCCGGGAAGACAGUGCCGAUCGUGAAAGGUGGUGAAGCCACAAGAAUGGAGGAAAAUGAAUUUUACGCUAUCGAAACUUUCGGCUCUACAGGGAAGGGAGUCGUGCACGAUGACCUGGACUGUUCUCAUUAUAUGAAAAGCUUUGAUGCUGGAUUUGUCCCUCUACGACUUCAAAGUAGCAAGUCUCUUCUGAACACGAUCAACAAACAUUUCAGUACUUUGGCAUUUUGCAAACGUUGGCUAGACCGUGUGGGUUGUACGAAAUACCAAAUGGCGUUGAAGGAUCUCUGCGAUAAGGGAGCAGUGGAGCCUUAUCCACCUUUGGUAGACAUCAAAGGAUGUUACACCGCCCAAUUCGAGCAUACCAUUGUUUUACGUCCAACUUGCAAGGAAGUCAUUUCCCGUGGUGAUGAUUAUUAAAUACCUGCCCAAAUAUAAAAGAUCAUUUGAUUGCAAAGCAACUUUACUGUCAUGGCGAUUGGGCAUUUCGCUAUAUAUCCAAAGGCAUGUGGCAUGAGGGACGAAUCUUAUAAUAAAUUGCGUAUUACAGUUUAACCAUUCUGUCCAGUGUCAUUGUUCAUCCAUGAUGAUUAAGGAAUGAGUUUCAGUACUGUUAAGAGCUCAGUAUAUUAAUGCCAGCAUUUAAAAACAAUCGCUCUGGCAUUGAAGUUGAACCACAGGACCCAUCUUUGAACCUUUCGGAAAAGUGUUUCUUUUUAAAUAUAUUUCUGCAAAUAC